AUGCAUGCUCAAGAAAGUUCUAUAGCCCCUGUGUCAUCCAUGAUAGAAUUUCUUAAUGCAAAUGGCGUUGCUUCAUUCAGUGAGACUGCAACAGUUUUAGUGAAACUGAUAUUAGUUAUCAGGGGCGGAUCUAGGGGGAGGGUGCAGGGGGUGCGCACCCCCACCUGAGAUGACCGACGGUUUUCUAAUACAACUGGUAUUCUGCCAAAAAAAAAAAAAAUGCGGUUUAUUGGUGUUGAAGUAGAGCAAGAGACGAGUGCACUCCCUCCUAAAAAAAAUCCUGGAUCCGCCCCUGGUUAUGCCUGCCACAAAUUCUUUGAGUAAAAGGUCUUACAGUGCCUUAAAAAGAAUCGAGAAUUACCUUAGGUCUACCGUGACGUAA